AAGACAGAAGGCGGAGCCACCUCACUGCAGACACUGAAUCCAUUAAGAAGAUGAAGAGAUCUUACGGGCACCAGAAAUUCAGAGAGACUCUGGUUCUGCUUCUAAUCUUUAAAAGUGAAUGAGAAAGUGAAAACCAAAUGCAUGGACGAGCAAGAGUGGGGAAAUGAAACGUAUGUCACUGAAUUCAUCCUCCUAGGAUUCAAAGAUCUGAAGAAUCUGUGGGUUCUUCUGUUUCUGGGAUUCCUGGUCAUCUACAUGGUGACAAUGGCAGGCAAUCUUCUAAUUGUUGUGAUUGUGGUGACUGAUCAGAAUCUACACACUCCCAUGUACUUCUUUCUUGGCAACCUAUCUUGCCUGGAGAUCUGCUACAGCUCAACUCUCAUCCCCAUUAUGCUGGCCACUCUUCUGAUAGACAGAAAGAGCAUCUCAUUCAGUUGCUGCUUCCUACAAUUAUUUUUCUUUGGCUAUUGUUUAGGUGCAGAAUGUUAUUUAUUGUCUGUGAUGUCCUAUGACAGGUAUUUAGCAAUCUGUAAACCAUUGCAUUAUGCAACUUUCAUGAAUACGAGGAAAUGUAUCCAAUUAGCAGCUGUGUCCUGGGUAAAUGGUUUAAUAGGCAUUUCCAUCAUCAUAUCUGCAAUGAUGCAGUUAACAUACUGCGGCCCUAAUGAAAUUGAUCAUUACUUCUGUGAUAGUGUUCCACUCAAAAAACUUUCCUGCAGUGACACAGAUUUGAUUGAACAUGUUAAUUUAGUAUUGCUAUUUGUGUAUACUCUCCCUCCAUUUCUCUUAACCCUUUCAUCCUAUAUAUAUAUUAUAAAUACCAUCCUAAGAAUCCCAUCCACAAUUGGUAGGCAAAAGGCCUUUUCUACAUGCUCUUCUCACCUCAUUGUUGUGUCUACUUAUUAUGGGUCUUUAAUGAUUGUGUAUCUGUUACCAGAGUCCUCUGCAAUGAAUAAAGUCUUUUCUCUCUUGUACACAAUUGUCCCCCCUCUAGUUAACCCCCUCAUAUACAGUUUAAGAAACAAGGAAGUGAAAAGAGCCUUGAGAAAGGCAAACAGUAAGAUCGCAAAUUUAAGGAUAUUUCCAAAUGUGCUAGCUAAACAGGGUAGUGCUAAAGAAAAAUAG